AUGUUGUAGACAGUUUAAGGAACGAGAGGAUUGAAGUUCGCCUUGUUAAACGUCGAGAAUAUAACGAAGAGACAGUUCGGUGGGCAGAUGCUGUUAUAUCUGCAGGAGGUGAUGGUACAAUGUUGUUGGCAGCCAGUAAGGUUUUUGAUAAAUUUAAACCAGUCAUUGGAGUAAAUACUGAUCCUGAAAGAUCUGAGGGUCACUUGUGCUUGCCUGUGAGAUACACACGUUCAUUUCCUGAAGCACUACAGAAGCUUUAUCGUGGUGAGUUCAGGUGGCAGUGGCGGCAAAGAAUCCGAUUGUAUCUUGAAGGAACUGGUAUUAACCCAACCCCUGUAGAUUUACAUGAACAGCAGCUGAGCCAAGAGCAACACAGCAGGGCUCACAUAAAUGAAAGAUUCCAGGAUCAAGGAUCUGACAUUUCUGGUCCACAUCUUUUACCCGUGAGAGCACUCAAUGAAGUCUUCAUUGGGGAAUCUCUUUCAUCCAGGGAGAACUUUAAGUCCUGCAAACCCAGUUUUAAAUUCUCGCUUCAUAGGGCCUCCUAUUAUGAAAUAUCAGUUGAUGAUGGUCCUUGGGAAAAACAGAAGAGUUCAGGGCUUAAUGUGUGUACUGGAACAGGAUCAAAAGCAUGGUCCUAUAAUAUUAACAAGGUUGCACAUCAAGCUGUUGAAGAGAUCCUUAAGAUCGCGAAAAAGCGUGGAAGUUUGGAUAUGCCAUUGAACACGGACUUAGUGCAAAAAGUAACAAAUGAUUUCAAUGAGUCUCUGCUCUACAGUCCAGAGGAACCAAAGAUGUUUUUCAGUGUUCGAGAACCUAUUGUAAACAGGGUUUUUUCAAGUAGCCGUCAGCGUGGCUUCUCUUCAAAAGUCUGUGUCCGUUCCCGCUGUUGGGAUGCCUGUAUGGUUGUGGAUGGAGGAACAUCUUUUGAGUUUAAUGAUGGGGCGAUAGCGUCGAUACUGAUUGACACACAGGAUGCACUGUGCACUGUUCUGCUGGAAGAAUGAAGGACCCUCGUGUCUUCUGCUGAAACAUUUAUGGAUCCAUAGAGGGAAACCAUGGGGAUAUCACAAUGCUGCAUUAUACUGGAUGUUGGCUUUUUCAGAUGCAAGAGCAUUUAGAGGAAGCUUGAAAUGCUUUUCAUUCCUUUGGGUUGGGGAAACAUUAGCCUGAUAUUUAAGCUGUUUUUGCAUCUGGUGUAAAAGAAAUGUAUCUGAAGUGUUACCUCUAACUUCAGUGAAAAUUGACAUUUUAACCUGUAAGGCAAACAUGAAAGAACAGCCUUUUAAACACAGGUAGUUGGGUUCAAGUAUUAAGUCAGUAGCAUUAAAUAUUCAGAUGUACAGUUUUUUAGUAACAGUCUGGGACUGAAACUAAGUACCUUCAUACAUACACUUUUGUAGAAAAGUUGACUGUCGAUCUAGCAAUUUGAUGCAAGGAUAUAUAGGUUUUGGUAAACCAUGAUGUUGAUGUAAUAGAAAUGGAAACACAAACCUUUUGUAUGCUUUUCAAAAAUUGUACAACUUUGUAGUUUCAUACAAUUUGUGGCAAUUUUUUUUUUUUGUUCUUCCAGUAUUUUUUCUACUUUGUAGGCUUACAUCAAAAGUAAAAGUCUGGUUUAGUACAUCUUGAAUGAGGUAGCUUUUACUUUUUCUGUCUGGCUAGAGAGGGACUUGAAAUCCAGAGGUUUUCUUAAGCCCUUCAAUGGGAAUUUACAAAUUAUAGAAAUCAUGUUGAAGUAAGAUAGAUUCCUUCACUGAGUGGAUUAACUGGCAAACAGGUGUUCAGUCACACUAGUGCAUGUAGGUGGCUAUCAUUAAGAAAGAUAUUUGGCCUUAUUAAGUUAAAUAGUUUGAAAUAUUAGGUUAUGAAUUUCUUAUAAUUGAAGAAGAAUGAGAUAUCCUGUGUACUAGGAGUUGGAGCACAAGUUAAUACCUAUGUCUUCCAGUUUUCUCACCAUAUGUUUUUACCUUCCUCAGAAAGUUCCAAUCCUGUGCUGAAUUCUACUGAUAUUUAACUGGCAACAAAUGAAUUUUACAUGUACUCUGCUCAUGUUAGGUAAGCAAGUUGAUAAUAGAAAAACAAAGUUCUGAUUAUAGAAGAGGAAGUGACUUUUUUAAUAAUGUUUUGGAGAAACUGUAAACUGUGACUGCCUUUUAAAUCUGUGCUGAUAAUUGCAUAGAAGAGAGAGGGCAGAAUUUGACAAAGUUAAUAUUCCUACAGCAUGAACUUUUCUACUACAUGACUUGAAAAAAGUAUGUUUUGUCCUGUCUACUACAGAUUAGCUUCCAAAAGUGAGUUUUCUUUAAACUGCUUUUGAACGGAGAGACUUCUGUAACAGAUGUUCUCAGGUGUAAUGGAAAUGUUCUCCACUGUGGCCAAUCAGUAUAUUUACUGCCACUUGCAAAACGUGAACUGCUCUUUAUAGGUGGAGGAAGUAGAUAAAGGAUUUUUUCUUCUAUGACUUGAGUGAAUACAAAAUGAAAACAUACUUUAGAGGAAAUUGAUUUGACCAUUCAGUUCUAGGAAAAUGUGAUACUGAUGGAGAUUUCUGAAUAAGCUAUCACUGUGUACAUUUUACCUUUUAAGUGUGUUGCAAAGUGAGUUAUUUACACUGUUUGGCUAUCAUGAUUGCACAGCCAGAGGGGAAAAAAAAGUAGCCAAAUAAGUUUUCAAAACUUGCUAAGUUCAGGAGCUACCAGAAUAAAGCCUUUAAUGUCUAAAAAAAAAUCUGCAAAACUUGUCUAAAGGUAAAGAUGCAAAAGACUAAUCUUUCUAAGGUUGUGUGCACACAAACUAGGGCGUUUUAGUUGUCACUCCAUCAGUAACCAGUUAAGGAUGGUUUAUGUGCCUCUACCUAGUACACCAGUCAAUAUUCUGUUAAACCCCCAAACCCACCAAUGCCAUUAAUGCUAAUUUAUUACUUCCUAGGACUUUGCCACUGUUAGAUCAGAUUUAGGUAUUGAACACCUGCAUAGACAAAUUAUGUCAGAAAUGUCAUCCCCUGCUUAUUUAGGUAUUUGUGUGCUGUAAUGUUUUAAUGGAGACUGAUUAGUCUGAUCAGUAAGCAUACCUCUUAAACACCCCUGCCAUUCCUUAUUAUGAAUGUCAAGACUAAAAGACAAUGUUUUCAGGCCUGACAGAUCCAAAUUAUGAUCUUGUUUAGGACUUAGUAAGUUUUCACAAAUUCCUAACUUAGUGAAAUGGAAGCCUGACUUACUCAUGAGUGGCCUCUACUGGUUUUGUCUAUAAUUUAAUUGCACUUCUGUUGAAGCAUUUACUGGUGAAUGCUUAAGUUAAUUAGGAUGAUUCAGAAAUUUAUAGUAAAUGAGAAGCAGCUACCUUUUUUAUUGAAGAACGGUAGAAUACUUUUUAAGGAUCCUUUAUUGCAAGGGAUUACAGUACAAUUUACCUGGUAGACAGUAUUCCAUGACAGGACAGAGUAUUGGUUUAACACUGAUUUAAUCUGCAUGGACUGGCGGUGAUCUUUGCACCUCUUCUACCUGCUGAGUCAAAUCCAUGGUCUUUUCAUUUAGUGCCAGUCCACAUGGUGUUCUGCUAAACUAGACCUGUCAAUCUUUGCCUUUUUUUUUUUUCUCCUCUCCACGUGGUGUUUAUACAUUAUGUAAUAAAAAUGAAAAGGUUAAUUGAUAAAUGAAGCUCUCCUGUGCCUUAUUUCGACUUUCAAAAGUGUUUCAUGCACUCAGCUUCUUCUGUUAUUGUUCAGGUUCUUUUAGUGGUUUGUAAGCCUUCAUGCUUUUAGGUAUAAUGCAGAGACUGCUAUGUAGCAGUUUUUGGUAUGAAUUGCACAGAGUGAGAAAAUAAUAAGAGGUCAGUGGUGCACCUUAACCCCAGGGACUUCCACUGUGUGUCUGCUACAGCUGCCACCGUAACCAACAGAUGGGUGAUAGUCCAACACUGAACCUGGUAGUUGAAAGUAGUUCAGGACUAUUCCAUCUAGCUAAACCCAUACUCCUGUCCCAAUUCUGUACAUGGUUUUAAAGGACAGUCUAGUAAAUGCUAAAUGUAUUCAUGAUAACACCCUGUCCUCUAAAACACCAGUUUACACAUUGGUUGGGUAAAUUCCCCUCUUUGUAACCCUUUACACAAAGUUGGGGGGAAAUUAGGGAAAGCAUUCUCCCAUUAAUCAGUCAUUUUGUACAACAUAGCAAUUUCUUAGAUAUUUAUUAAAUGCAACAGAAGGUGCAUGGAGUUACAUUGUGCACAGGGAGAAGUAUUUAUGGUAGCACUAAGCUGCAUAGAUUUACUUUCUUCCUUGAAGUAAUUUAAGGCUUAAAACUAAGGCAGCAAAUGGUGAAGCAGUAGAAUAUCCAAAUUCCCUUACUUCUCCAGUUUUCACAAGGUAUGUUGCCCAUUAACAUCUUUGUAAGGGACACAAGCCCAUUAAAGAAUCAACUGUUACUUACACUGUUAAACUGAAUAAAAACCAAAACAACUUAAAACAUAUUAGCAUGAUAAUGUGUUUUAUUUACUGUACUCUAGAAAGUCAAAUUAAAUAUCAAAUUCUAGUACUCAUACAAUCUUCCCACAGUAAGUAAGGUGUUCUGCAUCACCAGAUAAUUAAUACCUGAAUGCUUUUCUUCAGACUGCAAUAGGAAAAACUGUACCUAACGCAACAGCCCUGCAGUAAUGCCGUAGGGUACUCUUAAACAU